AACCGUUAGGUACAAACAAAAUUGUGCUGCUUGAAACGCCGAGUUUUGAAGAAUCAGAAAUUGUAUUGUGAUUUCUUAAAAUAUUGUCUUUCGUAAUGUUAUAGCAUCUCGAUUUUAAUUGUGAACCGAGUAAUGAUUUGCAAAUUAAUUUUAAGUGGUUAUUUAUAAACUUUUAAUCGCAUCAAACAUGUCAGAUAGUGAAAAUGAUUUUUUACCCAAUAAUGUGUUUACUUACCAAAAUGAGAAUACGACAUUUAGUGCCCGAGGACCUAACAUAAAUGCUACUAAUCUUACUGGUCUAAGCUUCAGAAAUAAUGUACUGACUUCAACAAUGAAUAUGUCACGCCGUUUUGAUAAUAAAAGACAAAUGGAACAUGCAAUGGAUAGUAGACGCUAUUAUAGAAGAGAUGUUUCUCCAACAAUGUCAUUGCGGAGUGCUUCAGACUUCAGAAUGUCUAACUAUCGUCAAUCACACUAUCCUCGUGCCAUGAGUUCUCAAAGAUCAAUGUUUAACGGAAGAAGUGGUUCACCAAUGUCAGUUAGAAGUAUAGACACCACAACAAGUGUGAGUGCUUCGGACAUAGCACUUGCAUUCAAAAACAUUAAUUUCAAUAAACAUGAUAUGAAGAUUAUUAAAGAAGCAUAUAAUAAAUUCAUGAGGAGGAAGAUUCGGAAAAAAAUUGAGAAAAGAAGAAAUCUAAAAUUGUAUCUUAAGGGUUACAGACGGAAGUCAGGAUAUGACUCAGGAGAAUUGGGAAGUGAUUCAUCAAUAAGCAGUGAUGGAUGUAGAUCUACAUGCACUGCAAUGUAUAAGGACAACAUGUCUAGUUGUAGAUCGACUAGAACUGAUAUUAUGGAUUUACGAAGGGCAAUUCGAGAAAACAACAUGUAUAAUGAUUGUACAGAGAGUUUUAAAAGUGUAUUCACAAAUAGGGUACCUGUUGGAUGUGAAAGCAUGAACAACCCAUUGGAAAACAAAAUGCAUAUGCCUUCUAUGCAUGUAAGAAAAAAUCUAAAUCUAAAUGUAGAACACAGUAAUAUUCCGACAACACAAAAACAUAGAUUUAAAUCUACAUCUCUCUUGCCAUCCAAAAGGUUCCAUCCAUAUGGUGCACCUACAAGUAAUAUUAGCACACAACAUUUAAAAAGUAGUGAAUGCAGAACAAUUUUACCCAGAAAUUAUGGGGAAGAAACAGAUAGUGAUGACAAUGAAAUAUUUUCUGAAAUAACAAUCAGAGAAAAGACUAUUAACAAUAUUGAGAAAAUACAUGGUAUGGAACUUACAAAUCAACAUAAAAGAGGAAUAGGUAUUGAUGAUCCAAAAAUUUUUGAUAAAAAAAGAAAGGAAGUGGAUUCAUCAUCACAGAUAAAUUUAGAAUUGAAACAUAAAAAUCAAAAUCAGGAGCAUAAGGAACAAAAUCAUGCAUCUAAAGAAACUCAAGACAUUAUAAAUAAUAAGAAACAAGCUAAAAAUACAGACUUUGAAUUUAUCAAACCCCAGUGUCCUGUAAGAAAAUCUAAUCAAGGCAGGAUUAAAGAGGUUUUGCUAGCCAAAUCAGCUCAACCACUGAUUCAAAAGCAAUCACAACCUCCGGAGUGUGUUGAAGAGAAAACUAAAGAUCACCCUUGUGAAAAUAGUAAAUCUGAAUUAUCUCAACAGUCUGAAGAUGUCUCAAUGAGACCAAGUUUUAUUAAAAGAAAGUUGUAUUCUAAAAAACUUGACCUUAUGGAAGGCAAAAAUGUCAGCACUGAUAAUAUAGUUGCAAAUAGCCCACAAGGGAAUGUUUAUAGUGCUAUACAGAAAGAAAAACACAAAACAAGAAAGGUGGUUACUAAUCAAUCAUGCUUGAAUCGUGAUGUGUUUCAGGAGGAUAAAAAUUUGCUGGAUUUAAUUCACAAGAUAGUACCACCAGAUCGAAUGAAUAGGACAAGCUUGGCUAACAAAACUGAUGUCAAUUAUAAAAAUAAUUUAGAGGAUGAAGAUAAAUGGGAUGUUACCUCUGUUAUAACCACAUGUAAUAAUGACGAUGUCAGUGACACUUACACUGAUGAGGAAAUAUUUAAGACAGAUGAUAAUAUUUUAAAAACAAAGAAUAAUGUUAAUAUAAGAAAUAUAAAAAAUAAACAUUCACCAUUGGAAUGUAAGGUAGUAGUCAAGAAAUUAUCAGAAAGCAAUAAAUCAUCACAUGUACAAAAAAAGACUGAAACAAUGAAAGGUAAUACAAGUGUGGAACAAAAAGAUUUGAAGAAAAACAAAAUUUAUAAAUGUGUAAAAUCAUUUUGGGACACUGAUUUUGAAAGUGAUUCAGAAAAUCAUGAGAAAAAAUCAAACACUCAAGUGAAUACUAUUUCAGCAAUCGUAAAUCACAAGAAAAUAAAUACCGUAACAAAACAAAAAAAUGUUUUAAAAGUAAAUAAUCACUUGGAAAAAGUACCAGUGCUUAGUAAUAAAAGUUUAAAUAGGACACGACAAUCUCCUAAACUGAUGAAAUGUUGUAUAGAACCUGCUGUUUCUAAACCAAAACAAGUAGCAAUAGAUGCAAAAAAGUCAAAAGAAGCAAAUUUGAAACAGAAGCAAAAUAAUAUCCAAAAGAAAACAAAUACAUCAGUCAUUAACAAGAUACAACCAAGUAAAAAAAUUAUAUUAGAAAUUAACUCCUCUUCAAAUGAUUCCCCUAUGAAUAAAGUUACAAAGAAGAAAAAUAAUACAAUGCAUGUGGAAAAAUCAUUAAACCUUAUCAAUUCAUCUUUGGACAGCACCACAGACAAAAUAAUUAACAGAAGUUCUCUUAGAACACGAAAUGUAUCAAAGAAUAGAGUACAGGAAAAUGAUGUUGAGAAAUCUAAACAAGGUAGACCAAAUAUAUUUGAAACAACAUUUAGAACAUUGAGAUCAAGGCAAAUAGAUUUAUCUUCCUCAAUUACAGAUAAAUCUAAUUUAGAUGAGGAAAACAAUCAAAAGAAAAAUAACCGGAAGUCCAAUAAGUCAAGGAAGAAAACAAUAUCAAGCAAAUAAAAUAUAUAUUAAAGUGAAAGCUAACAAUAUUGAUUGUUAACUGCUAUGCUAUGAUUUGUACUUAGCAUAUAAUUAUUGGACUAUUUUCUUAGACCAUAAUUGAUAUAAGGGUGUACGUCUUUUUAUGUACGCAUGUAUAUAUAUAUCAUAUGAAUGCCUCUAUCUCUUAUCUGUAUUUUUCCCUAUCCAUAUACAGUUGAUAUUAAAUCGUUAUAAAGUCGUAAAAACCGCUUUUAAAUCACUUGUGGAUCAGUCGCCAAGAGAAAUCUCUCACAUAAAAACAUUGUACCAUAUUCCGUAGGAGUGGCAAUGCAUGAGGAAUCAUGAGCAUCACCAUAAUCUAUGAAUUGAAUACUGUAAUGUUGUUUGUUGCAUGUUUAUAUGAAAUAAUAAGACAGAAAAGCAAUUUAUAAAAAUGCCUAACUCACAAUUAUGAUAUAUUAUGUAUAAAUUAAUUUAGUAUUGGAAUAAUUAUGGUCAUAGAGUUUGCAACAAUAAUAACCAUCUCUUUAAAUGUCACAAUCUGUUGCAUUUUGCAAAACUAUA